GGCGGGCAUGGGAGCCCGUCCCGCGGGGGGCGCUCCCUAAGGGCGCGGGCGGCCCCGCUCCCUCCGGGCCUGCGCGGCCAGCCCGGCGCUGCGGAGCCGCGAGGAGCGCCCCGGGGACGCGGCACCGCCGGCCGCCAUGGGGGAACAACCCAUCUUCAGCACCCGAGCUCAUGUCUUCCAGAUUGACCCAAACACUAAGAAGAACUGGGUUCCCACCAGCAAGCAUGCUGUUACUGUGUCCUACUUCUAUGACAGCACAAGAAAUGUCUACAGGAUAAUCAGUUUGGAUGGCUCAAAGGCAAUAAUAAAUAGCACCAUUACCCCCAACAUGACAUUUACUAAAACAUCCCAGAAAUUUGGCCAGUGGGCAGACAGCAGGGCAAAUACAGUCUAUGGCUUGGGAUUUUCAUCGGAACACCACCUUUCAAAAUUUGCUGAAAAAUUUCAGGAAUUCAAAGAAGCUGCACGACUAGCGAAGGAAAAAUCUCAAGAAAAGAUGGAGCUAACAAGUACACCCUCUCAAGAAUCAGCUGGAGGGGAUAUUCAGUCUCCUUUAACGCCGGAAAGUAUUAAUGGGACAGAUGAUGAGAGAGUGACGCCAGAAGUGACGCAGAACUCAGAACCAAGGGCUGAACCAACCCAGAACGCAUUGCCAUUUACCCAUAGUUCGACAAUCAGCAAGCAUUGGGAGGCAGAACUGGCCACGCUGAAGGGUAAUAAUGCUAAGCUCACAGCAGCCCUGCUGGAGUCCACUGCCAAUGUAAAACAAUGGAAACAACAACUUGCUGCGUAUCAGGAGGAAGCAGAACGCCUUCAUAAGCGGGUGACUGAGCUAGAGUGUGUGAGCAGUCAAGCCAACGCAGUCCACACACAUAAAACAGAAUUAAACCAGACAAUACAGGAGUUAGAGUCUACGCUGAAGAAAAAAGAAGAGGAAAUAGAGGGAUUGAAACAAGAAAUUGAAAAUGCCAGAGAGCUCCAGGCACAGAGGGAUUCUCUGACCCAAAAGUUACAGGAAGUAGAAAUUCGAAACAAAGACCUGGAAGGCCAGCUGUCUGAUCUAGAGCAACGUCUGGAGAAAAGUCAGAAUGAGCAAGAAGCUUUUCGCAAUAACUUGAAGACGCUUUUAGAAAUUCUUGAUGGAAAAAUAUUUGAACUAACUGAGUUACGAGAUAACUUGGCCAAGCUAAUAGAAUGCAGCUAAAGAAAUGGGAUUUCAGUGCCAAUCCGCUUAAAGAUGCACUGUCUCUCUUCAUAGGACUGUGUUGGGCUCUGCAUCCAAGUUGCACAAAAUUAGAAAAUGCUCCUAUGAGAGGGCUUGUUUUAAAUUUCAGUCGUAUUUCAAUGUACAAUUUAGAACUCAGCUUGUAGCUUGAAGAAAAAAAAAACAACAAACAAAAAAACUUGAAUUACAAAUUACCUCCUUGUACAUUAUUGGCCAUAGAUAACUUGAAAGAUACUAACAGUAAUUGAAUGCAAUCCUUUUCUAAUUAUCAGUGAUAGAACAAAUAGCAGUGUCCCAGGUCAUAUCCCCUUUUUGUGAUAGACAAAAUAUAGGUUAUCUACUGUUUUAUUUAUUUAAUAUAUUUAAUUGCUGUGUUUUGUGCAAGAACUUAGUGAUGACAGCCCUUUAUUUUGUUGUUCUUAAUAAUUUCUCAGGAUACUUUGCACUGUGGAGAAGCAGUGCCAUUACCAGUUUAUUCUUGCCAGGACUGAGAGAGAGUUUGCAUCUUUAAUUGAAACAAAGUUACUAUAACUGCUUGUAUAAAGUUCUUCCUUUUGGGGAUCUUUUGCUUCAUUGGUUGGUUGUUUUUUGGUUUUGUUGAUUUUUGGGUUUUUUUUAAGAAUAUAUAUAUAUAUAUAUAUACACACACACACUGGAAGAUACCAUAUUUCUUUAUGGAGCUUACUCUGGUGUUCUACAGUAUUGUCCAAUGUAAGGUUUACUUUUUCAUAUGAAUUCCAUGUAAUUACAGUGAGAUACUAUCUUCCACUUAACUCUGUUUUGAGGCCAACCAUUGAUGGAAGGUGAGUCCCCCAAGGGAAAAAAAAAGGCCCUGAGGAUUUGAAAUGUAAAAUUUGACAUGCACAGAUAACAAGGAAUAGCCAGUCAUUUGUUUUCUGGCCUUGAUACAUAUAUCUAAUGUGUGUGUUCAAUUAACCGUUAACCUGUUCUGCAGGAGACUUUUCAGAAUGUUACAUGAAUUUCAGGUUUUAUGAGUAAUGGCUUCUGGGGAGCACUGUUUUGUGACAGAUUGCAUCAAUGGCGUACAGCUCUCGCAAGGGAUUACUGUACAGUGAACUUGUCCAGCUAAGGAAGCUAUUUCUAGUAGUUUUGUUGUCAGAGCAAAUUGAAAUGGAGACAUGUUUACUCUUUUAUGGGUCUUCAUAUCACAUCUUUAUUGAUAAACUACACCAGGCAAUAUUCUGAACUGUUAACUAAAUGUUAAAAAACAGGAAAUUUAAUUCAGUUAUCCUCAGUGAGCAGGUUUUAAAGUUGUUUUGAUGUAAUUUUAACAGACUUUUGGCAAACACACAUUUCUUUAUAUAAUAGAUUUAUUUAAAAAAAAAAAAAACUCAACCUUUUUGAAAGGUAAGCCAAGUGUCAUGUGUCUUGCAUCAAAGUGCAUUCUUGCCAUAAAUUGCUUGUAAUGUUGAGGAGAGCUUUUUUAAAAAUGUAUGAAUGAGUGUCAGACUUCAGAGUCGAAAGAUGCACGGACCUUUGUUUGCUCCCCAGAUUAAUUUGAAUGUUAAACAUGAAAUCUAGCUGCUUAUUAAAUUUGUACAACGCAAUUUUCUCCACUUAGAGACUGCUAUUCAAAACUAGAAAAGAUAAGGUUGUUUUUGUGUGUGUACUGUGUGUAUAUACCAUAUAAUACACACAGGUUCUCAUUUGUAUUAGAAAUACAUGCUUUAUUUCUAAAUACCUUUUUUUUUUCUUUACCAGUGAUUUAUCAGGUCUCCCCUGAUUAGUCAGGAAAAUGGUUUAGGUCAAAUGCUAAACUGUCAUGUAUUAUAUAGUAUGUAAUGUACACAAUGUUUACGUUUUCUCCAUAUUUUUAGGGUACUUUCUCACUUAUUUUAUUUAUUAAAGGGGUGGGGGGAGCUUGGUUCAGCGUGCUACUGUUUGAAAACUUUGUGGUGAACUACAUAUUUUUCAUUUGUUGGAUUUUAGAUGAUGGUGUGUAUAUCUUCAUCACGUCCAGAUGAGCAGAUACGACUAGUUUUUAACUUACUUGGGGAUGUUCGGGCCUGAUUCUCCUGUCACUUAAGCUGCUGUAAACCAAAUGUCCUUGAUGUGAUGUCAGCAACAUUCAGCUGGCAUAACAUCUGUGGAAGUGCAAGGAGAGUCUGGCCUUUUAAUGCUCAGUGGGCGUAAUAAUGAUGAAGAAAAAUAAAAACACAGGAAGUUGAUGAUGGAAUAAAUGUAAUAUUAUUUUUAAUGAUACUAUUAUUGACAUUUUUAAAGAUAUUAUGUCAUUUACAUGUCGGAAAAUAGUGGACAGAAAUAUUUCCACUUAAAUUUUGUGAAUAUGUGUGGUACAUGAGUAUUUCUAUGUAUACGUACACACACAUAUGUAUAUACAGAACAUGAAAAAAUUUAGAUGUGCACAUUUUUAAUAUUUUCCUAUUGAAAUUAAAUUUAAGAUUGGAAAUUGAUAUUUGAGAAUUUCUUUUCUCAUAGAGUAGAUAUGCUUCAUUUCUUUUUUUUUAAGUAAUACAAUUACUGAGGGCUGCACCUUUGAAUUCCCAAAUAGUUGCCAAACGUACAUAUGGGAUAAGGUGGACCGACGUGCACAUAUAAAUAAAAUCCUAUUGCUAAGACUACUUUUAAUGUUUAUGUACAGUAGGUGAGUGUUUAGAAAUUGUGACCUAAAGUUUGUACUUAGGUGGCUAUACCUACUGUAGCCUCUCCACUUCUGUUUUAAGAGAAAAGUUUGCCUGUGUGAAACUUUACUUUCCCAGAGACAGGUAUGCAUUGUACCUAUCUUUGAUGAAACCAUGGGAAUAUGUAUAUGAGAAAAGUGUUGAGUACUUUAUCCUGGAGACACAACCACGAACUUGCACUGGAGAGGAGAGCAGUCACAUUGUGUUUAACUUGUUAAAUGGCAACUACAGUCUUGUAAAAAAAAAAAAAAGCAAAAAGAAUUACCAAAAAAACUAACAGAAAUACUCAACAAGAACAAAACCAACAGCAACAACAAAAAGAAAAAUAAAACCUUCAGUUUUUUAUUUUGAAAUACACUUGCUGUUCUCUGGAGAAUGUACUUCUACUCUUUCUUUUUUUCUUAAAUCUUUUUCAAGUAUGUGCAAGUGAUAGCAGCAGCUACCUUAAUCUUUCAGGUGCUACUGGAUUUUGCAUUAGCAUGUUAUGUUGUGAAAUCCUGACUUUGACAUAAAAGAUCUUUGUAAGUAUAUCCCCAUCUGGAUAGUUAGCUUUUGGAGUGUCUUGUUCAUAAUCCAUAUGCCUCCAUGAUCCAGAAAUUGCAUUUUUCUAUGUGGAUGAAGUAAAAAGUGUGAAUUAAUCUGCCUGUUACAGACUGGGAA